AUGGAUACUGAGUCUGUGAUAGAAGUGGUCCAGCCCAGAGAACUAACAGAGGAAUAUAUCCAGGAUGUUUGUACACUCUCCCACAGUAAGCUCCACUCUUAAAUUCCUUUAAAUCCUUCUCAAAAGUUUGAAUGAUUAGAUCCUUAAUCCAUUGCCAUUUUAUGUUUUCAGCCUGCAGAAAACAUUGGGAUUGACCGCAGUUGAGGAUGUUUUGGAUCCAAGACACAUCAAUCUUCAAAACAUUGUGUACAAUAUGACCAAUGUGAACAAGCAUGGGGUUGUUAAACUUGAGGAUAAGACGGGUAGGUCUCUGAUUUUAUAUCUGCACUCUGUGCCUUGGCCAGAACUGUCUUUUAUUGAUCGCGGUUAUAAUAUCGUUUAGGACCUUGAGCGUGGCUGAGGUGCACCCAUUACCAGCUCGGAAACCAGAUUGCAUAGCAGAGAAGGUACGGUGGGAUUCGAAAUGGUCGGUGAUCUGUUUAUUAACUUGGCUUUCAAAUACUUUCGAAAGGCAGGGCAGGAUGGAUAUAGGUCUGUAACAGUUUGGAUCUAGAGUGUCACCCCCUUUGAAGAGGGGGAUGACCGCGGUAGCUUUCCAAUCUCUGGGGAUCUCAGAUGACACGAAAGACAGGUUGAACAGGCUAGUAACAGGGGUUGCUACAAUUUUGGCUGCUAAUUUUUAGAAAGAAAGGGUCCAGAUUGUCUAGCCCAGCUGAUUUGUAGGGGUCCAGAUUUUGCAGCUCUUUCAGAACAUCAGCUAUCUGAAUUUGGGUGAAGGAGAAGCGGGGGAGGCAUGGGCAAGUUGCAGCGGAGGGUGCAGAGCUGGUGGCCGAGGUAGGGGUAGCCAGGUGGAAAGCAUGGCCAGCCAUAGCAAAAUGCUUAUUGAAAUUCACGAUUAUCGUAGAUUUAUCGGUGGUGACAGUGUUUCAUAGCCUCAGUGCAGUGGGCAGCUGGGAGGAGAUGCUCUUAUUCUCCAUGGACUUUACGGUGUCCCAAAACCUUUUGGAGUUAGUGCUACAGGAUGCAAAUUUCUGUUUGAAAAAGCUAGCCUCUGCUUUCUUAACUGAUUGUGUAUAUUUGUUCCUGACUUCCCUGAAAAGUUGCAUAUCGCGGGGGCAGUUCGAUGCUAAUGCAAUACGCCACAGGAUGUUUUUGUGCUGGUCAAGGGCAGUGAAGUCUGGGGUGAACCGGGGCUAUAUCUGUUCUUAGUUCUGAAUUUUUUGAAUGGGGCAUGCUUAUUUAAGAUGGAGAGGAAAGGACUUUUGAAGAACAACCAGGCAUCCUCUACUGACGGAAUGAGGUCAAUAUCCAUCCAGGAUACCCGGGCCAGGUCAAUUAGAAAGGCCUGCUCGCUGAAGUGUUUUAGGUAGCGUUUGACAGUGAUGAGGGGUGGUCGUUUGACCGCAGACCCAUUACGGACGCAGGCAUUGAGGCAGUGAUCGCUGAGAUCCUGGUUGAAGACAGCAGAGGUGUAUUUAGAGGGUAAAUUAGUCAGGAUGAUAUCUUAUGAGGGUGCCCAUGUUUACGGAUUUAGGGUUGUACCUGGUAGGUUCCUUGAUAAUUUGUGUGAGAUUGAGGGCAUCUAGUUUAGAUUGUAGGACGGCCGGUGUGUUAAGCAUAUCCCAGUUUAGGUCACCAAGCAACUAUCCUCCAACUCAAAGGAUAAAUGGGGGGCAAUCAAUUCACAUAUGGUGUCCAGGGCACAGCUGGGGGCUGAGGGGGGUCUGUAGCAAGUAGCAACAGUGAGAGACUUAUUUCUGGAAAGGUGGAUUUUUAGAAGUAGACGCUCAAACUGUUUGGGCACAGACCUGGAUAGUAUGAUAGCCUGCAGAGCUCUAUCUCUACAGUAGAUUGCAACUCCGCCCCCUUUGGCAGUUCUAUCUAGACGGAAAAUGUUGUAGUUGGGGAUGGAAAUUUCAGAGUUUUUGGUGGCCUUCCUAAACCAGGAUUCAGACACUGCUAGAACAUCAGGGCUGGUGGAGUGUGCUAACGCAGUGAAUAACUCAAAGUUAGGGAGGAGGCUUCUGAUGUUAACAUGCAAGAAACCAAGGCUUUUACGGUUACAGAAGUCAACAAAUGAUAGCGCCUGGGGAGUCGGAGUGAUACUGGGGGCUACAGGGCCUGGGUUAACCUCUACAUCACCAGAGGAACAGAGGAGGAGUAGAAUAAGGAUAUGACUAAAGGCUUUAAGAACUGGUCUUCUAGUGCGUUGGGUACAGAGAAUAAAAGGGGCAGAUUUCCGGGCGUUGUAGAAUAGAUUCAGGGCAUUAUGUACAGACAAGGAUAUUGUAUAAUAAGAACUAACUGAAACAGCAAUAGGCAAGGCAUAUUGACAUGGGAGAGAGGCAUAAAGCAAUCACAGGUGUUAUUAGAGAGAGUUAAGACAACAACUGGUAAUGGCGACGAAAGUUUGGGCUGAGGCUAAACAGAUAAACAGGAUGGGGUACCGUGUAAAGGAACAGUCCAGCAGGCAUCAGCUGUGUAGCUGAGUGAUCAUAAGGUCCAGUGAACAGUCCGGGAGUAGUUUGAUGGCUGCUACGGCACAGGCGAGCAGGAGGCACGGCUGUUGAUUGCGUGUGCUAGCGGGCCGGGGCUAGCAGAUGGAUCUUCGUGGUCGUCGCAACGGGAAGCCUGUUGAAACCACAUCAGGCGAUUACGUCAGCAGACCAGUUGUGAUGGAUCGGCGGGGCUCCGUGUCGACACUAGGAGGUCCCGUCCGGUUGACAGAGAGGUAGAUAGCUGGGAGAUGGGCCUGGCUCGAGGCUAGCUCAAGGCUAACUGGGCUCAAGGCUAAAAGUGACAUUGAGAAAUAUAUACGAAAAAGACAAAAAACUUUAAAAAACUGGCUAUUUACACGAGCACACUACAGAAUACACGACCGCACUGCUACGCUAUCUUGGAUCUAACUAGCUAGAGCUCUCAAAUCAUAUCCUGAUGUUGACAGCAGAUGGGAGUUGUAUUCAUGACAUGGCUAACUUCGCUAGCUAACAUGCAUUUAGAGAACAAGUUAUAUGACGUGGCUAGCUAACAUUGGCAAUGUUUGGUUGGUUUGGUGGCCAAUGAGACUGGGCUAGCUAACCAGCUGAGCUAGCAAACAAUGUAAUGAAAGUAUAAUUUCAGAGUAGAAAAAUACUUAACAGGCUCUGCAUUUCAGGAAUCACAGUAGCAAGUGCUCCUGGUGCACUCUUCAAUGAUUUAGCCAUUUUAAACUACUGCCCUCACUGGUAAUUGAAACGUAAGCUUGUCCGAGGUGUCGUACUCGACAACAGUUGCUAUCCAUUGGAGCGCUGCGAUUGGUUGCCCAAUAUUCUGGGGUGGGGCUUAGCAAAGGGUCAAUUCACCUGUAAUGUCAUUGGCCCUCCAUCUUUUGCAACUUGGCUAUUAACAUUUGCAGUCAUUUGUAAAUUAGAGGACUCAGGUGUGGUUAAUGUAUUCAGGCAAAUGUUCUGAGAAGUUUACAUUACUCACAUUUACAAAUUUUCAUCCUUCUCUAUGAAAUGCCUCUGUAAAUGGAGAACUUCUUUUGGAUGAUAUUUUGUUUGAUACAUGUCUCCACUCCAACUGAACAAUAAGAUUGACCAGAUCUAAUACAAGCAGCAAGAAACUGCAACUGGCUUGUGUUAUUUGCCUCAUAACGGAGGAUGUGACUCGACUGCUCAAUGUGUCUGACUUUUGUUAUUACUAACUCAUGUGUGUCCAAUUUAGCUCCCCCCCCCCCCAAAUGUGCCCACUCUCUUGUUUAUGUCCUGCCGGCUUCACAAGUUUUUUGUUUUUGUCUGGUCCCUUGCUAGUUUUUUGUGGCUACAUCGUGGCUCCUAAAACUCAGACAGGAAAGUAA